AUGCCUAUCUGUGGAGCAAAUAGCUGCUUAGAUCCUUCAUUCAACUUUUGUGCAUAGAUAGAUGAUAUUGUUUCCUUUUAUGCGGGUAAAUAAACAAAUGGUUAUUGUGCUCAAAGAAGUUAAGAUUACUCUGGUAUUUAGGUGUGUGCUUCAUAGCAUUGUAUUUAAAGUUAUACUUACUCAAGAAGAGGAUAAUCUUAUGUAGAAUAUUCUUGUAUCAAAUUAAAGUCAUAUAGUUAUGUGGGUUAUGACCGAAAUCAUUAUUGCUUAGGUAUAGGCUAAGCAAAAGCAAUUAAGUGCUUAAAAGAUUAAUUUUGUUUGGACCAACAAUCUAAUUCUUGUAUGUAACUUUCCUCUAACUUGCUAGAUAGAAGAUUUGCAAGAUAAAUAAAUACUGAUUUCUGUAUAUCUUAGUAAGUUGCUAUUCAAAUAGGAGAUAGGAUAGAAGAAUGUGUUAGAGGUUAUUGUGUUUAUACAGAUCCAGCUACUAAUAUUUAAACUUGCAAAGAGGUAGGUAUCAAGUAUUAAUACUGCGCUGAUCUGUAUGGUAAAUGCGCUUUCAUAUAAACAAAUUUGUGCUCAUAUUGUCCAGAUGGAUAUUGCUAAUUUAGUGAUAACUAAGGCUAUUGUUUUUACGGAAAAGAAAUAUUUUAAAAGUUAGGCGAAAAAAAUUGUGCUACUAAAGUAAACAACAAUGGAUUAUGUUAAAUAUUAAACAUAAAUUCAUAGAAAUAUUUUAAGUACGAUGUUUGCACAGAUAUAAAUGGUUUUUGUUAAAACAUUUAUGAUAGGACUAAACUUUGUUAAUAAUGUCCUAAAUUCUAUAGAAAUCCUGGAAAUCAGACUUGCUAUUCUAUUGAAUAAACUCAACAAUUUUUGUAACUUAAAUUAGUAUUUAAUAUGAAUUUAGAUUAUGUGUAAGAUGAUUGCUAUGAUUAGAAUAAUUGCUUAUCAAAUUAAUCUUUGAAAUGUCCUUAUGGAUGCUUUUCAUGCAACUCUUAAUUUAACUGCACAUAAUGUUAGAAAGGUUUUUUUAUGUAUAAAAACACAUUAAAUAACUACAAUUAGUGUGUUUUGUGCCCUUAAAUCUAUUCUUAUUCAGAAAAAUGUAUUGAUUGCUCCUCAGAGUUAGAUUUAUGGAAUUAGAAUUAGUAAUUUAAAACAUGUAGAAACUUCGAAAAAUAUUUUAAACUCCGUUUAUAAUAAAAUAAUAAUUAAGCCCAGAGCUAUAUUGUAAAUUAGAAUGGAAAUAACAUCUUAGUCAGUAAUUUUUCGAAUUGCACUAAAAAUUGUACUUCAUGCUAAAUGUAAGGUAUCAAUAAUGCCAUAUGCUUAUCUUGUCAAUAAGGAUUUGUUUUGGAAUCUUCAAAUUGUGUUCCUUGUCCAAAUAAUUGUACCAAAUGUGAGUUUGCAAUUUUUGUAUCUGGAAAAAAGGCUUUAUUAAAAAAUUCACUUUCUUAGAAGCAGCUUUCAAGUGGAUAAUAUGCAAAUGUUGUUUGGACUUUAAUAUGCCUUGAGUGUCCUUAUAAGUAAUUAGUCAGAUAUGAUUUGAUGGGUUGUGAAGUUUGUGGGAAAAAUUGUUAUGCUUGCGUUUACUAAAAUAUUUACGGAAUAAUAAACGAUCAAUAGAAUAAUUUAGUCUAAAUGACUUAAUAAGAUAUUAUUAACUUAGGUUAUAAAAAAGUAUGUAAGUCUUGCUAAACAAUUGUAGAUGCAACAGGUUAAAAUUGUGCAGAAUUUUACUAUAUCCCUAACUGUUAUUCAUAUAAUUUUCUAAUAAAUGACUCAAUUUAAUUAAACAUCUAUCCCUUAUACUAUUUAUAAAGCUAGGUUACUAAAUAUAAAUAAAUUUGCACUUAAUGCGAGAAUGGCUAUUUAUUGACAACAGAUAAAUAAAAUUGCAUUUUAUCAAAUAACUAAAUAAAUGACUGUAAUUCAAAUGUAUUUGACUAAGAUUCUAAUACUUGUCUCAAUUAAAUAUGCAGAAAUGUGAUUUAUAAUUGUUCUAAAUGUUAUUCUUAUAAAACAACUUGGAACUCAAAUAUUAUACAAAUAUAUUAAUGCACAUAUUGUUAAUGGGGAUAUAUUCCAACUUUAAAAGGAUGCCUUCCAUGCCCAGAAGGAUGCUCUAAUUGUUAAGAAGGAUCUAAGUUUUACAGAUAUGCUGAAGAUUUAGCUUAAAUGAAAUAUAAGUUUAGUUAUUAAGAUCGUUUAGAUUAUAGAUUUGGAGCUUAACAGUAAAUUUUAUGUACAAGCUGUUAAAGUGGGUAUUUUUUGGAUGCCAAUACUUAAUAAUGUGUAAAGCUUAUAUGUGGUAAGUAUUGCUAGAGUUGUUAUUUUGAUUAGUAAAAUAAUAAAAUCUAAUGUUCUUACUGCAAUACUGAUGCACUAUCUAAUUUAAUAAAAGAUUAGUAAUAUUGGAUUGCAACACUGUACUUUAAUUAAAAUUAAUUACCAGAUAUUAAAUAAUUAAUUUAAUUCACAGAAGAUGAAACUGAUUGCAUUAUUUGCCCAAUAUUAUGCAGCACUUGUUUUAAUAUGGGUGAUAUUUCUAAAAACCCAUAUUUCUUUUACUAAAGUUAAUGCAUGUCUUGUAAGGACAAUUUAAAUGGAUUCUCUUCAAAUUUAAAUGACUAUUAAAUAGCAUAUGAUAAAUCAAGAAGAAAAUGCUAUUUAUGUAAUAAUAAAAACUAAGGAUGUCAUUAUCAAAAAUAAAAAGUGAUAUACGCUUAGUGCUCUAAUAUAGGUAAACCUUUAGGAGAUGGAUCUUUGCAAAAUCCUAUAAAUUUUAAUAGGCUUUAAGAUAUAAAUAUUGAUAAAAUUAUUCUAAAUGAAUUACCUUAUGAUCAAUUGAUUGUUUAUUAUAAUGAAUUAUAAGUAAGAGAAAUAAAUGUUAAAAUUAUCUUUUUAAAUGAUUUUUGUGAACAAUAAAAUAGCUUUUAGCUUACUUCUGAGCUAGGAAAUUAAAUAUUUUCAUUAGAAAGCCUUACAUUAAAUAUUACUUCUUAAAAUUUUAAUAUUUAGCAAUAAUUCAAAUUAAGUCAAAAAUAAAUAUUAAAUAUUUCUGGUUUUAAUACUAUAUUUGUUAGUGGAAUAGACUUUAUUUAGCAAAUGCCAUUUUCAAAUUUUGGCAUAAAUAUUUAGUCAUAAAAUUUACUUUAGAUUAGCUUUGAUUUCGUUAGUUUUAAGUAGAUUUCUGUUUAAAAAGAUGCAACUUAUUUUUACCUUUAAUUUGCAUAGAUUUAAAAUACAACAAUAUCUAUUCAAAAUAGUAACUUUUAAAAUAUAGUAUUAGUGAAUUCAACACCUUUAAUUACAUUAGACUAGUUCAUAUCUUAAUAAUAAAACAUAACUUUAACACUUUUUAAUUGCACAUUUGACAAUGUUUAUAUGUAAGACUCUAUGCUUAUUAGAUUUAAUAUUCAAGUACAAAACUAAGCUUACUUAAAUAACAUAGAAUUUUCAAAUAAUUAAGUUUCUGGUUAUUAGUCGUUUUUAUUUAAAAAUGAUGGAAUUAAUGUGAAUAGCAUAACUUUUUCAAAAAUAACUGUAUAGAAUAACUAAAUAUUAAAUCUAAUUUCUUCCAAUCAAGCUACUUCAAUGUCAUUUUUACAUAUAUCGUCAGAUUUAAGCUCAGAAAUCACUAUAAAAGAUGUUUAAUAUCAAUUAGCUAAUCUUUAGAGUACAAUUAGUUUUGCUAGCUUAUAGCAAAUAUCUGUCUUUUUAAAUGUAAAGGCUUUAAUAAGUUCAGUUUAAAUAGAAAAUGCUGUUUUUUCUGAUAUAAGUCCUUUUCUCAUAGCACCUUUAUUUAACAUAUAUUCAUAAACAACCAUAUUUAAACUAAUUUCUGUUAAUUUCAACAAAUUUGAUUUGCAAAAUAUUAAAUAAAAUAAUUCUUACAAGUUUGGAGGUGCAGCUUAUAUAUAAAGUGUUACUACAUAAAUAAUUAGUUCUAACAUAACAAAUUGCUAAGCAAUUUAAGGUGCUGGAAUUUAUUUAGUAAUUGUAGAUUUUGGUAAUGUCUAAAUUAAAUAAAGUAAUUUUAUAAAUAACAUUUCAUAUUUAGACAAUAACUUUGAGUUAUAUGGAGGAGCUAUUUACUUCGACGUUUCAGUAAGCCAUUCUAACUUCACUAAUAACACUUGCUCAGUUUGUUAAAAUGGCAAUAUUCUAAUUAAUUCAGUAAAAAUUCAUUUAAGCUUGAACUAUUUUAAGAAAAAUAUUGCACUAAAUGGAGGAGCUCUUUACAUUUCAAAUUAAAUAGGAGUCUUUUAAAAUACAUUGAAUGGCAAUAAUUCGAGAAUCCUUUAAUAAAUAAAUUCAAAUAAAACAAAUUCUUUUACAUUUGAUUCAUACACUAUUAUUAGUAAGUGUUCAUUUGAAGAAAAUUAAUCAGUUUUAAGCGGAGGAGCUAUUUAUCUAUAAAACUUUCCAGUAAUGAUUCAAACAUCCAAAUUUAUUUAAAAUAAUGCACAAUUAAAUGGAGGAGCUGUCUUUAGUCAAGAUUAGUAAAACUCUUAUUUAGAAUCAAUUAAUUGUUUAUACUAGUAAAAUACAGCUUUAAACGGAGGAGCUGUUUAUUCAGUAGAAGGUAAUUCUUUACAAAGCUAAAAAACAAAUACAUUUAUUUAGAAUAGAGCUUCUAUUUAGAAUAAUGAUAUAUUUGUUAGUCCUACUUCAAUGAUAAUUACGAUAAAUAAAGUAUUGCAUGAUAAUAAAAAACCUAAAGUGUAAAUAUCAGAUCAUAAUAGUGGCUAUCUGGAGGAAGAAAUUUUGAUAUCACUAGCAAAUAACGAAGGAGAUGUAUAUAAAAAUAUUGAUUAGCCUGAAGUAUUGCAAAUCUAAAAAAUAAGUGGCUAAGGGUAUAUAUCAUCAAAUACUUUAAGUCAAAUAAACGGUGUAUAUAAUUUAACAAGGCAAGUUAAUAUAUUUGGAAAUUUCGGAUAAAGUUUAACUCUUAAAAUCUAUAGCGAUAGUAUAAAAGUACCUAAUUUUGAUACAUUUACAGGAGAAGUAACAUAUACUAGAGGAUUUUCAGUAACUCUGCAAAUAAAUAUGAUUUAAAAGUGCCCUAUUGGAUAUGUUUCAAAAAAGAAUAAUCUAAACUACGAUGUUUGUAUUAUGUGUACGGGGUCCUAUUCUUUUGAUCCAGAUUCUUAGGUUUGUACUCCUUGUCCUGUUUAGAAAGCUAUAUGCUAUGGAAGUUUUAUUUAACUUCCUCAGGGGUAUUGGAGAGCUAGUUCAAAUUCUAGUAUAAUUUAUGAGUGUGAAACAGAUUUUAUCAAAUGCGUAGGAGAUAAUUCUAUAUUAUUUAAACAAGUAUCAUAAUAUAAGUUAAAAGACUCAUAUGAAAUCUACUAUUGUAAUAGAGGAUAUGUUGGAGCUCUUUGUGGGGAUUGCGAUAUCAACCAGGUCUUUUGGGAUUCUAAAUUUUAUAAAACUAGUUAUAAUAGCUGCAAUUAGUGUAGAAAUAAUUUAGCUAUAAGCUUAUUAAUUAUAAUUUGCUUAGCUUUAGUGUAUUUAAUACUUUUAUUCUACUAUUCAUAUAAAAUCUUAUAAGAUGCCUAAUAGGUUUUUAUUGUUAAAAUAUUAAAAAUAUUUUCUUAGAAAUUUAUACUAAGCGGAUAAUAAAGUCAAGUCAAUUAAAUUAAAUUAAUCCUGAAUAAUCUUUAAAUAUUUACAAAUAUUGUAAAUUUAAAUAUUCAAGAUGAUGCUACUAUGUAUUUUGUUAAUUUUUUCAAAUUUCCAUUUAUCCUACCUGUUGAUGAACUAUCAUGCUAUCUUGAUAAAAAUAUUGGCUUUUUGACAAUGCCGUUUUUAAAGCUAUCUUACUAUUUCAUUUAUUGCACCUUUAUGAUAUUUGCAUGCUUUGUUAUUUAAAUGCUUCUUUAAGUUAAAUCGAAAAACAAACAAAGACUACUACCUUGGUUAAAUAGUGCUUUUAUUUUACUGCUUUUCAAUAUCCCAUUAUUUUUGAAAAUAGGAUUGGGUGUGAUGACCUGCUCAAAUUAUGAUGGUAAAAUGUAUGUAAGUGACUUUUUAAAUAUAUCUUGCGAUCAAAAUUUUGGAAUAGUUUCUUUAAGCUUUGCUUUACCUAUGCUUCUUGUUAUUUUUUCUUUAUUUAUCAUAAUAUUUUUAUUCCUAAGAACUAACCUAUAUAGCUUGUAAAAAUAUAAAUAUUAUAAACAUUUUGGAUUCUUCUACAGAUAAUACACCGAGGAUUGCUUUUAUUGGGAUCUAGUAAUUUUAGUAUAAAAAUGCUCAAUAAUUGCAAUAACUUAGUUAGCCAAAAAUAAUUAAAAUAUAAAGCAAAUAAUAUUAUGCAUCAUUUUAACUAUCUACACUAUUAUUACAAAAAAAAAUAAGCCAUUUUGUGACUAAAGAAUAAAUAUGUUAGAUUUCUUCAUAUCUUACCUGCUGAUUUUUGUACCUUGUUUAAAUUUGAUUAUUUACAAUUCAGAUAGUGAGGUUACUGCUAAUUCUUUUUCAUAUGCCUUAAUUUUUCUUUACGUUCUAAUUGCUCUGCUUAACAUAACUACUUAUUUAUAUUACUUUUUAAAGAAUAAGAAUAGUGCUAUUAGGAAGAUUCUUAUAUAAAUAUAUAAAAUGUUAAAUAAACUAAGUUUUAUAAAGAAAAAGUUUUAGAUCUACGAUGAAAGAUCGCGUAAUAAUUGGAUUCUCCUUAAAUUUAUCAUAAAAAAUUAUAUCUAAAACUAAGAUAAAAAAAUCUACAUAGAAAUCAAUUAUUAAAAGAUAAAAAAUUUAAAUGAAAUUUUUAAAAGAUAAACUAAGAGAGCAACAUAAAUUACAAGUUUAAUUCAAUGA